GUCGGACACAACAACACCGAGCAACAGAUAGCUGCCGGGGCCGCAGCUGAGGACUCGUUACCAUGCCGGGAGGACUGGUUGGUGACUAGUUAGUAAAUAGUUAACUAGUCGGGUUAAAAUGGACCCGGCACACCGCGAUCUGCUCCGGAAGCACCGCUUAGAACUGUCCGACCAGCUGCUGGUCAGCGACACCAUCGUUCCGUUCUUGUACCAGGAGGACAUCUUAACGGACGGACAGGUGGAGGACAUCCAGGCCCGGGGCUCGGAGCGGCUCCGGACCCUCCGGCUGCUGGAGCUGCUGCCCGGCCGCGGGCCCCGGGCAUUCCCGGCCUUCCUGCGGGCCCUGGACGACUUCAGCUGGGUCCGGGAGCGACUCGAGCUGCAGCUCCGGAAGCAGCCCGACGGCGGAAGUAGAGACCCCUCCCCCCUCCCGGACUCGGUUCUGCAGGCGGUUCCGUCGGACCGGGUUCUGUCCCGGCUGGCCUCCAGACUGGGUCCGGACUGGGAGACGGUCCUGCUGGGUCUGGGUCUGUCGGCCGAGGACGUGUUCCGUUGUCGUGCCGACCACGUCCUCGGCGUCCAGCAGGCGGCGCUCCAAGGUCUGGUCCUCUGGAGACGAUCCGAAGGGAGGAAGGCGACGGUGGAAGAGCUGAUGAAGAACCUGGAGGAGGCCGGAGUCCACCGGUCGCUUCUGGAGGAGGCCCUGAGAUAAAGUUUAGAAAACAAACUGAAAUAAAAUAAACUUUAUUAAUAAACUUUAUCAAUGGAUUCAUCACAGAAAACAGAGAAAGAAAAGGACAUGAAGAGACUGAAUUAAAAAUCCCUGAAUGAGAGAUUUCAUCUGAAAUAUCUGAAUAAAGUCUGAAUUUUCAAUAUUAA